AUGGGCGUUUUCAUGCUCUACUUUAUCACCACCAAAGAUGGCAGGAAAUACCACUUGACUACCAACGCAGGGAUGAGAGGCUCUGAAAAGCUCGGCUCAUUCAUUUCAAUAAACGAUUUGACCGAGAAAAAAUCACGAGGAAACUCCAUCCUUGAGCAGGGGUCUGGAAACCCUCAAGUUCUGGCAAUGAAGAGUGUGGCACAGAGCGUCAUUAGCCCUGUUGAUGGAGACAAGUGGACCGGCACACACCACACCCUCGCGUUAUCGGGCGUCAAGUUAGACACGAUCUUGAAACCAACUGGAGGCAACUUUUACUACGGAGGCGGUGGCGGAAUCCAAUUGAUGGGUCGAGGACCUGAUCCAGAUUAUUCGACUUCUUUGCCGGGAUGGUCAUGGUAUUGGGUGAGUUCUCCCUACGACAUGUACAAGUUUUUGGUGCUAAAGCUUUACAAUAAGGCAAAUCCUACUACACGGGUCUCUGGUACUCUCACUGUAGACGAUGUCGAAUACAAGAUAGACACAGAGCAAUCGUUCGCUCUGUUCGAGAGACAGUGGGGCAACUUCCAGGUUGGCAAAGGCUAUGUUGCGCUCUGGCUUUUCCUUGAAACGGGGGAAGUCUUGAACACAUGGUGCAUGGAACCGGAUGUCGAGGGCGUUACUAAGGUCGCGUUCGCAUCAGUCUGGCACCCAAAUGGCUUGCAUGAGAUGAUUCCCGUUGGCCCAGACACGCGAUUCAGCGGUGCUCACACGAGCCCGGCAACAGGUCUGACGUAUUUCACAACGUUUUUCCUGGACCUUCCAGCCAGGAAUGCAUGUUUCACAUUCAACAAGUGGUUUCAAGAUGGGGAAUUGGAACCCGUUGAAGAGCAGAGGAAUAAGUACAUCACGAUCAUGGAAUCUUACGGCGAGGGCGAGGGCCAGUGGGGUAGUGAAGGAGUGAAAUUCUAUGGCCAUGUUGAGCAACUUCAGCUAGACAAGAUCUCUUGGUAGUUACAGCUAACGUAGCUCUCGCUGAAAAACAGUUCGAGCUAUGAAUUAAGUUACAGAUAUUGGAUCACAUUACCCCAACAAGUAGGCCAUGUGUGUAUGGCUAGUUUCAGCGAUUUGUAACGCUAUUUGUAGAGGCUGGUUCGCUGCAAGAUCUUUCUAGCUCUACUACAAUUGAAACUGCGGAAAAUAAAUCGCGAAGAAAGCUCUAGUAUCCUCCGAAUACUCAGA